ACUAAAAAAAAUGGAAAACGGUGGCAAUAAUCUCUUCUACAUUUCGGCAAACCCUAGCAGCAGCUUCUCUGUACUAGCAGGUGAUUAUAAAGAUUUGAAAGAACAAUCUGAAUUAAUUAGAAGAUGGUGGGUGCGAAUUUGAAAGCAGAUGCGAUGAAUCUGAUGGAGAAAAGAAGUGGAAUUGAGGCGGAGAUGAAUGUAAUCAUCCAGCGCCUCUGCCAGUCCGGCGGCCCUGGCCUCUCUGGAAAUCUCCUCGAUUCUGAGGGGUUUCCGAGGGCAGAUAUUGAUAUUCCGGCAGUACGAGCGGAUCGCCAAAGACUUUCUGAGCUGCGUAAUGAUUAUGAGGAUACUACAGAGAAAAUAAAUCAAAAAAUUCAAGUUUUACAUUCUGCUAAGCUUGCUCCAAUUAGUGAUUCCAUCAAAGAUCCAGGUGUGGUUGCAGGAUUAAAUACUCAAGAAGGCGAUAAUCUGGGCACAUCUUCGUCUUUUGGCAAUCCUAUUGCUGGAGGUAGUAACAGUAUGGACAUGGAGGUAGUUGUUGCCUCUAGCAGACCCUUCGCAAUGGUUGAUGAAAUUACAGAGGGGUCUCCAGCAGCAACAGAUGGCUUACAGCUUGGAGAUCAGAUUGUAAAAUUUGGGAAUGUGGAAAUAGGUGAGAACUUGUUACAGAGGCUUGCUGCUGAAGCUCAGAUAAAUCAAGGCCAUGCAAUGCCCGUGGUGAUUAUGAGGCAAGGUGCUUUGAUAAAUUUGACCGUGAAACCCAGGUCUUGGUCAGGUCAUGGCCUAUUGGGAUGUCAUUUCCGAAUCUUGUAAUGACUUAUUCGUGAGCGCCCCUGAUCGGUCUAUCUUGUCAAGUCGAAGCUGAUAUAGAAAGAUGGACUUUUCUACUUUGUUGCUAUGUAUGGCAAAUGUUUUGUCAUUGAAAAGAACUUCAUCUUGUAAAGGAUAUGUUCAUGGAUGGAUCGUCGAUUUGCUGAAGUUUAUUUCAUUUCAACUAUUCUCAAACAAUCUUGAGCUAAACAUUUACACUAUCCUCGACUUAAUUAUACCUUUCUGACUUCACCUCCAUAUUCUGUUUUAUGACUGAUUGUCAUUUUAUCCAACUUAAUCCACUGUAAUAUCAUCUCAAAAUUGCUAUACAAUCUCCGCCAAAUUACAA